AUGAAGCCUUCCACAAAACCUGAGACUUUCCUGCUAGCCUCCAUGCUGCUCUGCACCCUCCUGGGUCUGGGGUACCCACUCAGCUGUGAGGUGUGUAUCAGGAAUGGAGCCAUAUGCACUGGAGUAAUGAAGACUUGCGCCCAGGACGAGGACUCCUGCAUCUCCGUCAUGACUGAGACUAACAAUAAGGGCUCUGUGGAUGUGACCAGCUACAAAGGGUGCGCGAAAUCCAGUGAGUGUGACCCGGCAUUCCUCUCCAUCACCGUGGCUCCGGAGAACUACAUGGGGUCCGACACGCGCUGCUGCCAGAACGAUGGCUGCAACCACAAACCCCUGGCCGCGUUCAGGAGAAAUCUGACAGAGAAUGGCCUUCAGUGUCCUUCUUGCUUCAGCGUCUCUACGGAAACAUGCACCCCAACUCAGGAAGUGCCCUGUAUUGGCGAGGAAACCCGCUGUGUCACCGUGUCUGGCCUCGCACAGCCUGGCAUCAGAUUUGCUGCCCAGGGCUGUGGCACAGAGGCCGCCUGCCACAGCAAGCCUGGGACCCUGGUGCCCUCAGGCUCUCGUUUGUUGACCAUCAAGAAGACCAGCUGUCGUCCAAGCCCCCAGGCUUCUGGCAAGGCUGAGUGA